AUGGCGAAACUCCUAGAAGCCACCACUGGGCUAGUCGUUCUCGUCGGCGCAUUGGCCGUGGUGUCCGUAGUUUUCAAUGUUCUGACAUGGAUAGAAGUGAACAAGGAGAAAGAAGUUGUGCCGCCGAGUCCUGCUCCAGUAUCUUCGACGAAGUUGCAGACGCAAACACAUGAACAAACUCCAGCUAAGACCAACCCCAUUACUACAACAAAGCAGAAAGGGCCUACUCCUCCUAAAACGGAACCUAUCAUUACAACUACGAAGGAACGGCUAUCAACGGAUACGACAACCACUUCAACAAAGCCAAUAACCAAAACGUCUGCUACCACAAGGCUGAGAACCAUUCAAUCUAGCACAAUAACUACCAUAAAACCUCCGACAAGCACCCUAGCUCCAAUACGAGUUAACGACUCAGUUUUCUGUCCGAGUUAUGGAAACCCCGACAUGAGAUAUUCGUAUCAGGAAGCAGCUGCAUUCAUUAUCAGUGGUCUGGAUCAGAACGUCGAUCCAUGCGAUGAUUUCUACGCAUUUUCUUGUAACACUUAUCUGAAGAAUCAUAACGUUACGGAGCUUGAAAUAAACCGAAUCGGGACAUACAAGGAGGCUCAGGAAGAUGUGAACGCUGAUAUAGUGGACGCACUUGAACCCGUUGCAGUAAACGACGCUAGGUUUUCAGAGACGGAAAGGAUUGUGAAGGCUGCUUUGUUCGCAUGCGUCCAUCACUCGAGGGCGAGGCUCCCCAUCGACAAUUCAAGGGACGUGCUCAUAGAGAUGAGAGAUUUAUUGGGUGCAAUACCUUUCCUUAACCAUACUCUCAAUAAAAACGUGGACUUCUUUACUGCGAUGGGGAAACUAGAACAAGAACAUGCAAUGGGAACACUUUUGGGUGCAAUGGUCUCCGUAGACUUCUCAGACGUCACUCGUCACGCCUUAUAUAUUUCGCAGCCUUAUCUUCCACUGCCACGAGACUUCUACGUUCUACCGCAGCAUACAAAAAGGCUUCAGAAUCGUGUAGAACUAGUGAAUUUGGUUCUAGGGAAUUUUGCAGAAAUCGUUUUAAAUGAUCCCAUCCCAUACCGAAAUCUUAUAAAGAAGGUUUCACAAGAUAUAGUGAAGCUGGAGAUGCAAAUUGCAAUGGCAACAUGGCCCGAUAGUGAAAUGAGGAAUUACGCGCUACAAAACAAUCCAUUCACACUCAAAGAAUUGGAAAAGGCGUAUCCAUCGAUUAAAUGGAAGAACUACUUUACGGCUUUGCUCUCUUCUGUAGGCAACCUCGACAUCAACACUGUGCCGUUCAUUGUUACACAACCGUCGUACUUCGCUUGGUUGAACGCGCUUUUCGCAGGAGAAGCUGUCGAUCGUAAUACAAUUGCUAACUAUCUUCUCCUUAAUCUGAUCUUCGAAGACGCUGAUUUCCUUGGUGGAAACUUCAAACGAGAAGUGCAAAAAUCUGACUACGUAAAAUAUUCUUUUCGAAGAGGCCGAGGAGUCACAAGAGUUGGCCGACAGUUCGGACGAUUAUAUGAUGAAACAAUUGCAGAUGCAAAUAUGGAGUGUUUAAACAAUAUGAUGCAUUACAUGCCAAACGGACCUGGUUAUGUCUACGUAAAAUCUAAGAAAAACAGGGAGGAGGUGGCGAAAGACGUACAGGAGCAGACAGAACGUGUCAUUAAACACUUUUUGCGUAUGAUCACCGAACUGGACUGGAUGUCAGAAGAGUCUCAUGCUGCGGCGAGGCAAAAAGCGGAGAAUCUGGUUCAAAACUAUGGAUGGCCAAAAGACUUGUAUGGAGACUUCUCGAACAGUGCGACGAUUGACAGAUAUCACAAGAAAGACUAUGGUGAAAUUCUCGACCUUUUCAAUGCGAAUAACACUCAUAACUAUUAUAAAAUUCGAAAGGUCAUGAUCAAAGGAUAUUCAAACCUUGAAUCCCUCAAAAUGCUUAAAGAAAAACCAAAGAGGAACUACUUUUCGAUGUCUCCUGCAUUGGUAAAUGCGUGGUAUCAGCCGGAUAGAAAUUCAAUUACAUUCCCCUACGCUAUCUGGAAUCCACCUUAUUACAAUUAUGAAUACCCUCAAGCGUAUAAUUAUGCUGGACAAGGCGGCACUGGUGGCCAUGAACUGGUACAUGGAUUUGACGACCAAGGAGUUCAAUUUGGUCAUGAUGGUAAACUCACUGGCUGCACGUGGCUUGAAUGCGGGUGGAUGGAUUCGACAUCCAAGAAUGGCUUCAGAGAUAUGGCCCAAUGUGUUGUUACACAGUACAGUACUCAGUGCUGCCCAGAAAAGAGUGGUACCAUACAGUGUGCAAAUGGGAUGACAACUCAAGGAGAGAAUAUUGCCGAUGUAGGAGGUCAAUUGGCUGCAUACAGAGCUUAUCGAGAAUACAUCGAGGAGAAGGGUGAAGAAGAGAAGAGACUGCCGGGAUUGGAACAGUAUACACCGAAUCAAAUCUUCUGGUUGACAUAUGGUUUCUCAUGGUGCAUGAGCCAGACAGAGAAUAGUCUCGUUACACAGCUUCUGGUGGAUCCUCACGCACCAGGCUCAUGCCGAGUCAACCAAGUAAUGCAGGAUAUACCAGACUUUGGACGUGACUUUGGCUGCACAAUGGGACAAAAUAUGUAUCCACCAGCAGAACAACGAUGUCCAGUGUGGGUCGCAGAAUAA